AUGACUGUGCCGCCGGUACGCGAACGAGCCUCGUUCGAGGUAACCAAACGCCUUCUCUGUCAGAUUCUGAACGAAGGUCUGGUCAGCGGGACGUUAGAGACAUUCGAGCCCGAAGGCCCGUACCUGUGUCUGUUCAGCAACGGCUGCGUCACAGAGAAGCCAGGAAAAUGCAUCCGUGUCCGACUCCAGCCCAGCGCGCGGGCUGGGAUCUUCAUCCGCUCAGGGCGCAUCGUGUCGCUGGUGCGCCCGGAGAUGUUGCAAAUGCCCGUCACUCUCGUGGAUGGGCCGUUUGAAGGGCGGGAGCUUCGUUCGGGGCCUCUGUUUCAGUUUGCAAGUAGCCUGUUCACGGAGCAUGUCGAGGCGACAACGUUGGAAGAGAUAGCGUCGGGAUUGGAGAAUAGUGAGGCGAAUACAGAAAAGUGGCUGGAACUGCACUCCUCGCCUGAGCCAUUACACCUCAACUCGCCGUCAAUCAUGUGGGAACGGGCGCUGAUCUGGGGACACCCGACGCAUCCGUUUCACAGACUGUGCUAUGCACAGGAAGGCCUAGCUCCAGUUGAACCCAACGACCUGCCCGAGUUCCUCACGCCAACACUGGCCUUCGUAUCCGUCUUACGGGCAGAGAUCUCCCUCGCAGGCCCAUUCGAGGAGUCGCUGCAGCCUCUUCUGGCGCAGCUGGAAGUCCCCCCUCCCGAGAGCGCUGACAGAGUCAUUGUCCCCUGUCUCCGUCUCCAACUCCCCUGUGUCUUCCGCCACUUCCCCAGUGCCGUCGUGGUGAAGACAGUUUCCGGCUGCGCAGAUACGCAAGCCUCGAUGCGCACCCUCACCCUACGUCCAGAACUCAACUUCCCCUAUCACAUCAAACUGUCCAUUGCCUGCCAGAUCACUUCGGAUGUGCGGGCGAUCCGCCCCUGCCAGACCCUCGGGGGCCAGCUGGUCAGGAAGCAGCUGCGCAAAUUCUUCCCGCCGGAUCUGUGGUGGUUCAAAGAGGUUGCGUCUGUGUCGGGGAGCCAGACGGUGCAGGGAGACACGCAAGAAAACGAAGACAAAGCGCGUCAUAUCGGCUGUAUUCUGCGUGAGGACUUGGAGGCUCGAGCGAACGCGAACAAUGAGGCGCUGAUCAUCGCGGGGUCGCUGGCUCAGCAGCCCGCGAACGAUUCCCGGACACACGCGGAGAUUGUCUUUGGUCUUGAGACUGUCGAGCAGAAGCAUGAGUGGCUCAGAGAGUAUGUGGCGGGCUUGUUGCGCGCUGUCCUCCCUUCGCUGGUGCAGUAUGGCAUCGGGAUGGAGGCCCAUGGACAAAACACCCUGGUUCGCGUGUGUCGCCAGACCAAAAAAAUCACCGGCUUCGUCGUCCGAGACUUCGAAGGCAUCAAGGUGCAUGUCCCCACACUUGAGAAACUCGGCAUAAAGCUGUGCAUGACCUCUCCAGGCUGCACGAAAAAUCUGGAGAACAUCUGGAGCAAGAUUCACCAUGCCAUCUUCCAGAACCACCUGGGGAAUCUGGUCUACGCGCUCGGUCUGGACUGCCAUGAUGGAUGGACGAUCAUCCGGGACGAGCUCACUGGUGCCCUGAAGCCGGACAUGGAUCCGCGGGCCAAGGAGUUGUAUGACUUUAUCCUUCAGGAUACGAUGCCGUUUAAGUGCUUUUUGAGAAUGCGGAUGAGCGAGCACUUUAAUGAUUAUGACGGCGAUGAACAGGAUGCACCGGGCGCCAAGCGUGACGAGAGACCGCUGCCUAAUGCCCUUCUCAUGGGUUCUGAUAAAUGGGAGAAGAUCUUGGAUGAUCAUGCACAGAGAAUGCGCUGGACUUGA